GUUGCUCAAAAGGCAUUUCUCGUCAUAUAUUUGUCAAAGAUAAAAGAGGAAACAAAAUCUCGAAGAGAGAGAGAUAUAUGGGUCAGGUGCUUCUAUGGACGAAGGAGACCUGGAAGCAGUAGUCAGAGGUUACUCUAGCUCCUCUGAUGUAUUUUCCGGCAAAAGCUCCGGUGAAUUUUCACCUUCGUUUUGUCCUCCGGUUCAGACAGCUAGUUUCUACGGACAGGAGAUGGAGACAACCGGUUUAGACGAACUCGGUGUACUCUAUAAGCCCUUUUACACUAGCUCCACACAAACCCUCACGAAAUCCGUCUCUGUUCCGGAAGAUUCAAAAUGUUUCCAAGAUGAUAAGAAACAACGCACAUAUGGUUGUCUUCUAGCUAACGGAUCAAAGUUUAAUCGCAUCCGAAUCCCUGGAUCAUGGAAGAGCAAGAAAAACCAACAGAAGAGAGUUGUUGAGCAAGUGAAGGAAGAGAAUCUGCUGUCGGACGCAUGGGCAUGGCGUAAAUACGGGCAGAAACCCAUCAAAGGAUCUCCAUACCCAAGGAGUUAUUACAGGUGCAGCAGCUCAAAGGGGUGUUUAGCAAGAAAGCAAGUCGAAAGAAAUCCUCAGAACCCUGAAAAGUUCACCAUAACAUAUACGAAUGAGCACGCUCACGAGAUACCAACCCGAAGAAACUCAUUAGCCGGUACAACCCGAGCCAAAUCUUCCAAACCCAAACCGUCCAUAACCAAAAAAUCAGGAAAGCAAGUGGUUUCUUCUCCCACAAGUAACCACGUGAUCACAUCCGGUGAUGAAUCGUCUGUUGUGGUUCAAGCCAUGGAAGUUGCAGAAAUGAGUGCCUACCUAACAACCGGAGAAAUCGAGGGCACGAGUAACAAUUUACCAACGGAUUUGCCGUCGGAUACGGGACAUAUUCCGAGUGAUUUCGAUGAAAUAUUGAAUAGCCAAGAGUUCAUCAAUGGGUACUUAUGGAAUUACUAGAGAACAUUAUAUAUUCAAACUUAAAAUAUAGUUGCAUAGCAGCCUUAGAGCGUCGUAGUUUUCAUCUUGUUUCCACCUUAACCUGUAAAUUUAAUCAAAUAAAAUCCUACGUUCUUUUC